AUGGCUUCCAAGUUUCUGCGGGAAUACAAGCUGGUUGUUGUCGGCGGAGGAGGCGUUGGAAAGUCCUGCUUGACCAUACAACUCAUCCAGAGCCAUUUCGUUGACGAAUACGACCCAACGAUCGAAGACUCAUACCGCAAGCAAUGUAUGGUCGACGACGAAACCGCCCUUCUCGAUGUCCUUGAUACGGCCGGUCAGGAAGAAUAUUCAGCAAUGCGCGAGCAGUACAUGCGCACCGGCGAGGGCUUCCUGCUCGUCUAUUCUAUCACCUCGCGUCAGUCUUUUGAGGAAAUCCAGACAUUCGAGCAGCAGAUAUUGCGUGUAAAGGACAAAGAUUACUUCCCAAUCAUCCUUGUUGGCAACAAGUGCGAUCUGGAGCAUGAACGGGUCGUGUCUCGCGAAGAAGGCCAAGCGCUGGCCCGACAAUUUGGCUGCAAGUUCAUCGAGACCAGCGCUAAAAGCAGAGUAAAUGUCGACAACGCAUUCUACGACCUCGUCCGAGAAAUUAGGAGAUACAAUAGAGAAAUGAGCGGUUAUGGGACUGGCGCGCCUCAAAUAGGAGGCGGCGGUCCCGGUCAAAAGUUGGAGAUGGACGACCAGGCCGAAAGCGCUGGUUGCUGCAGCAGGUGCUCGGUCAUGUAA